CUUCUUCUCUUCCCUGCGAAAAUUACUAAAAACGAAAUAGGACAGAAGUGUAGCGUGGAUAUAUCUCAACCCACCAUCUUCUUCUUCUUCUUCUUAUUCUUCUUCUCUCUCAUUUCUCCCACCUUUGAAUCCAGCAAAGCUCCCCCCACCUUUGAAACCCCUCUUCACAGCUGCCAUGCCAUCCACCCUCCUCUCAGAUCUACCCACCAAACCCAUCUCAGCCUCCUCUCUCCCAGACCCAUCUUUCUCCUUUUUCCAAUCCAAACCCAUGUCGUCUCUCCGCGUCUACCCAGAUCCGACCUCCCGGGUCUACCUGGAACCCGACCACCGCCGCAUCGACCACUUCGACCGCCUCCCGGACUCCCUCCUCCUCCUCGUCUUCAACAAGAUCGGCGACGUCAAGGCCCUCGGCCGAUGCUGCGUCGUUUCGCGUCGCUUCCACUCCCUCGUCCCGCAGGUCGAAAACGUCGUCGUUCGGGUCGACUGCGUCAUCUCCGACGACGAUUCCUCGCCCUCCGCCUCCUCCUCCGACAAGUCACGCGCCCCCUUCUCGAGUCUCUUCCGGUUGGUCUUCGGCGGCAUUGUCAAGCCUCUCCAGGCUCUCGGCCAGUUCCUCGGUCCCCGCCGAUCGUCGUCCUCCUCGUCGGCGUCGUCGCUCGCCGUCGGGAACGAAGACGACGGCGGCGAGCUCGAGCAGGCCGGCGUCACGCACCACUCCCCCACUCAGGUGCUCAAGAAUUUCAACGAGAUUCGGUUCCUCCGGAUCGAGCUUCCCUCCGGCGAGCUGGGCAUAGACGACGGCGUUUUGCUCAAAUGGAGGGCCGAUUUCGGGUCUACUUUGGACAACUGCGUGAUUCUUGGAGCUUCCUCUGUGAUUCAACCCGGACCCAACAAGCCCAACGACGUCGUCUCCGGCUCGGGCGAUGGGGUUUGCCCCACUAACGCCGUCACCGACGAUAACGGAAGCAUACCCGACUCGUUUUACACAAACGGUGGACUGAAGUUGAGGGUGGUGUGGACCAUUAGUUCAUUGAUAGCAGCCUCUGCCCGGCAUUACUUGCUUCAGCCAAUCAUUUCGGAGCACAAGACACUAGACAGCUUGGUGCUGACCGAUGCCGACGGGCAGGGGGUGUUGUACAUGAACAGAGAGCAGCUUGAGGAGUUGAGGGUGAAGCCAUUGUCGGCUUCUUCGGCCUCCAAGAGGACGCUGGUGCCGGCCCUCAAUAUGAGGCUCUGGUACGCGCCCCAGUUGGAGUUGCCGGAUGGGGUUGUGCUUAAGGGAGCUACUUUGGUUGCUAUUCGGCCCAGUGAGCAGUCCAACCCGAAGAAGGAGGUCUCUGAUCUCUCUUGGGUUUCCACUGCCUUUGAGGAGCCGUAUGGGACUGCCGCCAAGAUGCUGGUGAAGAGAAGAACUUACUGCCUUGAGAUGAACUCGUUUUGAUUAGAUUUCCGGUAAUUUCAGGUAAAUUUUAGGGGAAAUGGGGACUUGCAUGGUUUUGAAGACGGGAGAAACAGAGAGAACGGUCCUGUCUCAUUGGUAGUCAAAGUCAACUACAGAGCCCUUCAUUCAUCAAAUGUUGAUGGGAUUGAGACAGAAAAGAAGAGAGACGGCGGGUUAUGCACUACAAUCUUACUCAAUUUAUGCUUGAGAUCACAGUCGAAAUGCAUCUGCUGGUUGUUUUUGUUUCAGGCAUUUGCUUGUAAGAGUGCUCUCACUGCAAAUGCAACUGGAAUUGAUGUAUAAAAGGAUUUUGGAGCUUGUAGUGGUCUUAAUUUUAUCUAUAUCUUCCAUGUAUGUGAAUAUUGUAGGUAAUGACAAUGCUUAUGGUUAUGUGAUGUAUGUCAAAAGUUUAUUUCAGCACUCAAUCUACAUAGCAAUGACUUAAAAAGUUUUUUCC